AUGUCCAGUUUGUUACUUAUUUUUAAUCUGUUUCUACUUAUUCUUCCGCAAUAUGCAUAUUCUCAUUCAAUCGUUGAGCUUCUUCCUGGAUUCGAGGGUCGUCUUCCUUUCAAACUGGAAACCGGGUAUAUUGGAGUUGGAGAGUCACAGGAUGUGCAGCUUUUCUACUACUUUGUCGAAUCAGAAACGAACCCAGAAAAUGAUCCUCUUAUGAUUUGGCUUACUGGAGGUCCUGGCUGUUCAUCCUUGAGUGGUUUUGCCUAUGAAAUAGGCUGCAGCCAGUCAUUCAUCGCAAUAACUAUUGAAUCCUGA